AACCUAGUUUAAGCCCCCAGUAGGCCGCUCAAUCAGUCACUCCUCUCGUGCCCUAGCUCGUGCCAAUCCCGCCUCCUUCUCCCCCACGAUAUAAUCUCCAUCUCCCAAGCCCGAAACCUCUUCCUGAUCUCAUCUCCGUCUCCCAAGCCUAACUCCCUCUCCCCAUACCCAAGCUCACGCGAACGUUUCCAGCCAGUUCCUUUUCUUCGAUCGAGCUUGUACGUCGCCGCAUCCACCAUCAAGCCCGACUCCGUCCUCUCAUGCCCUAGCUAGUGCAAACAGUUGCUCCUCAUCUUCCAGCGAGUACCUACGAGAGGCGGCCAACCAUCCUCUGUACACAGCAACCGCCCUCUCACCGGGCCUCCCUUUCCCGAGCUUGAUCAAGACUGCAACGGAACACUGAGGACAUGACAGGAGGGAGUAUAUUCAAACGGGCCAAGAUCAUAUGCAGAGGCGAAUCUAGUAAGGGGGAAAGUAGUAGGGCAUCUGAAACACCCCCUACUCCAGUCCACUUGAAUACACAGGAGGAAAAUAAGUGUGGUGGCUCACAGCAACCCCCAGGUCACUCAUAUCAUUGGCAAGCUCGUAAUUCAGAUGACGGAAUAUGGCUUAUAGAUGAAGAAGGUGCCCCUAUACGACGAAGGGGGAGGACCACAUGCGUUGAUAUACAUAAUAUGCCUCCAGGAACACGUGUUUAUAUUGAGGUAAACGGGAAUAAUAUCCCAUGCAAUAAACCAGAGUCCAUCCUCUUGGGAUCAUAUUUGAGUUUUAUUGCUAGAGAUCCUAUAUUUGCACCAAUAUCAUUUCUAGAUUGGAGUGAUAAAGGUAUGAAGCUCUUCAAGAAGAGAAUGUUGGCUAAAGUGCUGUCCAAAUUCGAGUUUCCUGUGCAUAUGCGUCAUUGGAUUCUUCAAUCCCUUGAUCUAAAGUGGAGUAAUCAUAAGAUGACUUUGAAGUCCAAGUAUUGGGAUAACAGGCCCAUCGAGAAGAUUAUGGAAUCUGUCCCAGACGGUGUAGAUGCAGCACAAUGGUGUCAACUUGUUGUUCAAUGGUCAGAACUAGAAGAACAGAUACAACCUUGCGAGCUCUGUGCUGAGGAAGGGUUUACACCCGAGGAUAAUGUAGAGGCAAAUGAGACGGUAUUCAAUAUGGUUAGGGGAUCUGAACACCAUGGAAGAGUUCGACCGCAAGGGGUUGAAUCGGUUGAUGUCAUUCAAACCCGAUAUUUUCCUCAAAGCACCACCGAGGGAGGUAGUGGUAGUGGAAGCCUAAGUAAUUUAGAUCAAAUAGAAAAUCUCAGAGAGGAGGUCCUCUUACUACGGGCUGAGACGAGAGACUUUAUUCGUCAAUUUCAAAUGCAACGCACACUGCCAGGAAGCUUGCAAAUGGGAGACAAUGAAAAUCCAUCUGAUGACUGACGUUAUAGAAGUAAUAUUCAUAUUAUUGUAGCUUUGAAUAUCAACUGUAAUAUUUUUACAGUCUUCAAGUACCUGACAUCUAUGCUGUUUCAAACUAUCUGGAAGUUCUAAGUUUUAUAGUUAUUGCAUUCAUGUC